AUGACGGGGAAACAAGGCGCCGUGCUGUCGGAAAGUUUAACGGAGAAAACCUCUCUGCAGGGCGCGAACCAGCCGAAGAGCAGCGCGACCCAUCCGCCACCCAGGUGCACCGGCUUCGGCAUUCAGGAGAUCCUGGGGCUGAACAAGGAGCCGUCCUCCGCGGCCCCGAGGAGCCCGCUCAGCGCGCUGCCGGCCGGGGCGCACCUGAUCGCCGCCAGGUCCUUGCUGGGCCCAGCCGGGAUGGGUGUGGGUGUCGGGAUGGGAUUAAUCGGCCCCGGUGGGAUUCCGUCGUUUUACAGACAGCCAGCGUUUCUGGAGACGGUGCUGUCGGAGGCACAAGACGUUCACCUGCAGCCCCACAGCAGGUCCGCAGGCCCGCUGGACACCAGCCAGUCCGCCAGCUCAGACUCAGAUGAUUUAUCUUCAAAUGAACGAAAACCCUCGAAGUCAGCAGUCAGUCAGAGCAAGAAACGCAAGAAAAGACGCCACCGGACCAUAUUCACCUCCUAUCAGCUGGAGGAGCUGGAAAAGGCCUUUAAUGAAGCGCACUACCCGGAUGUUUAUGCCCGAGAGAUGUUGGCCAUGAAAACAGAGCUGCCAGAGGACAGGAUACAGGUCUGGUUUCAGAACCGCAGAGCCAAGUGGAGGAAGAGGGAGAAGUGCUGGGGCCGCAGCACUGUGAUGGCAGAGUACGGGCUGUAUGGAGCCAUGGUGAGGCACUCCAUCCCCCUGCCAGAGUCCAUCCUCAAGUCUGCCAAGGAUGGUAUCAUGGAGUCCUGCGCCCCCUGGCUGCUCGGGAUGCACAAAAAGUCCACGGAGGCGGUGGUCCCCCCCGGAACAGGACGGUGUGACGCGCCCCAGCAGCCGCCGAGCUCUCAGAGGGCAGAAGAAGCCGAAGCGGAGAAGGAGAAGAGGUCUGAGGGCAAGACCACCAUUUCUAAAGAGGAACUGAGAGAGAACAGCAUUGCUGCACUCAGGGCCAAGGCACAGGAGCACAGUGCCAAAGUGCUGGGGACGGUUUCUCAUGACAGACUGCUGGAGGGCAAACAGGAGAGACAGGCGGCCGAGGAGAAAGCUGCCGAUCCCCUGAGUCCAGCAGAGGAGGAGAAAAGUCCGUAGAGACUAUGGCAUUCCUGUGGACUGUUAUCCUCACGAGUGAAUGCAGUGCUGGCUGCACUCACUCAACAUAACUCACUGUCCUGCAUCUGGACUUCUUUAAGAAGAAAUCUCAUCUGGCCGUCUCUGGUUCACCGCUGCACAGAACAUGCAAAAUGCACUUUUUUUCUGAUUUACUUCCAAAACCUACAGUUAUUGUUGCGUAUGCAUAGCAGAGAAGAUUUGACUAAGUGGGAGUAAAGUGUUAAUAUUGGUGUAUAUAGAUCCCACAGUUAUAUAUGGAGCCAGAUGAGUAAAAUUCUAUCCACUCUAACAGUUAAAUCAUAUAAUGUAGGACUCCCAAUGACCAAUGGGCAGUGCAUUUCAUCCUUGGAAUUCAUUUUAAUGUUGCUUGUACAGUUACUUAAUGGUGACAUUAGAAAUAAGAACCAUCCCACCGACAGAAAGUAAUUGUUAUCCUAUAUCGCGCUGUAUAUACUUGAUGUAUUAAUCUCUCUCUCACUCUAAGGCACAAUUUUGAAUAUGUUUUCUUGUAAUCUUUAAAAAAAAUGUUUGUGUUUUCAUUUCAAAAAUAUGUAUAACUCAAAAAUACAAAGAAAUAG